UUUGGCGUGAGCACCGCAUGGAAAAAUGUUCGUGUAAAUAAAUAUAUUUACCUACCAGCGGGAAAAUAGACAAGGUGCAAAGUUUUACAAAUUCCUAGUGGUUUUUGAACGCGAAUCAUACUUUUGAUUAUCAGAAUGAAGAAAGCGGUGAGCCACAUGAUGGUCGAUAAACUUAGAUCGAUUAAUGAUCGGUUUAUGUACCUACUCGAAGCCUUCCAAAUACCGAGCAAAAAAGCUGAUGAUAUCAAUUGCGAUGAAUAUUUAUUGGAUAGUGAUCCUAAGGUCAAACAAUCUAUUAGAUUUCUGCCCAAAAAAGAUUCUGUUAAUGAAGCUGAACGCGAUGAAGUAAUGAAGAAUAAAAUUAAUUCCAAAUAUCUUCAUAGACAGAAAAAAGUUUCAAGCGAAAGCAAAGCGAUUCGUAAACAACUGUCCAAGAAGAGUAAUAUGAAAAAAUCUCUUCGUAAAAUGCAGCUUCUUGAAAGAAAAGCUCUCACAACAAAGCAAGAUAUAAAAAUAAAAGAAGAAAAACCAAGCGCGCCGCCGACAAAAACGUUCAAUUCCGAAAGUAAAAUUGUAUUUUCCCGUAUACAACUGGACGAAAGCGACAUUCCGAAAAAAGGAAUAGAAACAGAUUCUAAGAAACUCUUGCGGAAGGUUCUUAAAGAGAAGAAGGAAUUGAAUGACCUUAAGAACGCGGGAGAAAGCGAUAAGUAUGCCGAGAUAAAGAGCAAAAACGCCUGGAACCGAGCUACCGCUAAAACUCUUGGACACAAGAUUCGAGAUGACGUGAACCUUCUUUCGAAAAAAAUUCAGAAACGCAAAAAACAAAUUAAAAAAUCAAAGGAUGAAUGGACGCAACGGAAGCAAAAAAUUGAAUAUAAGAAGGACUUGAAACAGAAGAAACGAACUGAAAAUAUUAAAGAGCGCGCGGAUAAGAAGAAAAAUAAGAAAAUGCAAAAACUUGCCAAAAAGGGCCGAAUCAUCCCUGGUUUUUAAACAAAUAAAAAAACAGUUUUAAACAGUUGA